AACGAAGAACGUAUUAAUGCGCAAAGGCAAAGAGAACCGCGAUCUCGCCGACUGUCAGUCGGUGAUGAGAAACGAACACUCUGUAAAAAUAAGUACGAGUAUCGUGUGAUUUCUCGAGCGAACGUAUGUACAUAGAGUAUACGUAUACGUGCGUAAUUUUCGAUUCUUGAAUUUGAUCUGAUUGUGCCUAGCAAAGACGACACACGCGUAUUUUCUCUCUCUCGUGCGCGCGAUAAAUAUGACCGAAAGCGGGUUUCGACGUUAUGCGACCCGCGUAAUACGAGCGCAUAUAUGGCUAUAAGAGAAGUAUAAUUUCGUGUUGUAUAAAUCUCAGCUUUGCUUAAUAUACGAAGUAGUGAAGGAUCGCUGACAGUGACGGAAGAGCGACCGUUUGCAUUUGAAAAGAAAUACAUUAGGAGAAAUAGAGAGGGAGAGAGAGGGAAGAAAAUCUAUAGACGUCGAUCUUUUUCCCUCGAAGUUCGUCUUCACUUUUCCUCUACUGUUAUCCGUUUCUUUCUUUCUUUAUCCCUCCCUCCGCCUUGAACCAUCUUUUCUCUCUCUCUCUCUCUCUCUCUCUCUCUCUCUCUCUCUCUCUCUCUCUCUCUCUCUCGCUUACCAAUCGUUCGGACGUAACCUCUGUGUGUACUGUUCGAUCGUCGUCUACCUACCGGUGUCGUAAGAGAUCCUGUAUCCAUAGAAUUUUUUCUCGAGUUUGGAGGAAAAAAAAAAAGAGAUAGGAAAGAUCGUCGAUCCAUCGUAAUGUUGAUAUUAAGAUCAUUCUCAUCCUGGUCUACGUUCAUAUUCACAUUCUCCUAUACGUUACCGUCAAUGUCGUCUUUCGCGUCGUGCUAAAAAUAUGCAACUUUAAGGGAAGAGGCGAACCACACACGUUUAUUCCACAUCCUGAAAGUGCGGAUCGACGUAGCACAAGCUGCGUGCGAUAGAAAAGAAGGCAGGCGGCAGUAAAAGAGUUUAUGGUGGCAACGGUGGUGGUAGUGGAAGUGUUGGUGUAGUGCUGCUGCUGUUGGUGGUGGUGGUGGAGGAGACGGACGAGGAGGAAGAGGAGGCGGCGGCGACGGCGCCGGAGGACACCUCGUGUGUGCUCGCUCCGAGCGGGUAACCGUCGAAGUGGUAACUUUCUUCUUUGCGGCUAGAAACUAUCAUCGGGGAAAAAUGGCGGACCUAGAGGCGGUGCUGGCGGACGUCAGCUAUUUGAUGGCCAUGGAAAAGAGCAAGUGUACGCCGGCUGCACGCGCUAGCAAGAAGAUCGUUCUGCCCGAUCCUAGACUCACUGAUUCAGGUUAAAUAGACGAAUGUAGGAACCAACAAUAUAUGGCCAAGUGUGAGAAGCGUAAUGCAUAAAUAUCUUGAGAAGAAGAACGAAGUAAAUUUCGAUAAAAUAUUUAAUCAAAUGUUAGGUUAUCUUUUAUUCAAAGACUUCUGUGAAACUGUAGCAGAGGAACCAAUUCCACAACUUAGGUUUUAUGAAGAGAUUAAAGCUUAUGAAAAACUUGAAUGCCCUGAAGAAAGGAGAAAACUUGCUAGAGAAAUCUAUGAUAAUUUCAUCAUGAAAGAGUUACUUGCACAUGCACAUGAAUACUCAGCAGAAGCUGUUUCUCACGUACACAAGUACCUUAUGAAAAAUGAGGUUCCCAUUAAUUUGUUUGAGCCUUAUAUAGAAGAAAUUUUUAAUCAUUUACGAGGCGAACCAUUUAAGAAGUUCUUGGAAAGUGAUAAAUACACUCGUUUUUGUCAGUGGAAGAAUUUAGAAUUAAACAUUCAGCUGACAAUGAACGAUUUUAGUGUACAUCGGAUUAUAGGAAGAGGUGGAUUUGGUGAAGUUUAUGGUUGUCGAAAAGCAGAUACUGGGAAAAUGUAUGCUAUGAAGUGCCUCGAUAAAAAACGUAUAAAAAUGAAACAGGGUGAAACCUUGGCACUUAACGAAAGGAUAAUGCUCUCUCUAGUCAGUACUGGGGUGGAUUGCCCAUUUAUAGUAUGUAUGACAUACGCAUUCCACACUCCAGAUAAAUUAUGUUUUAUAUUGGAUUUAAUGAAUGGAGGUGAUUUACAUUAUCAUUUAAGUCAACAUGGCGUAUUUAACGAGCCAGAAAUGAAAUUUUAUGCAGCCGAAGUAAUUCUUGGAUUAGAGCAUAUGCAUCGCAGAUAUAUAGUAUAUCGUGAUUUAAAACCAGCAAAUAUUCUCUUAGAUGAACAUGGACAUGUAAGAAUAUCAGAUUUAGGAUUAGCAUGUGACUUUUCAAAAAAGAAACCACAUGCGAGCGUAGGUACACAUGGAUACAUGGCACCGGAAGUUCUUUCAAAAGGUACACCAUAUGAUUCGAGCGCGGACUGGUUUUCCUUUGGAUGUAUGCUGUAUAAGCUUUUGAAAGGACACAGUCCUUUCAGACAACAUAAAACUAAGGAUAAACAUGAAAUUGACCGCAUGACUCUCACUAUGAAUGUAGAAUUACCCGAAACAUUCUCGAGAGAACUGCGAUCGCUUUUAGAAGGUUUACUACAAAGAGACAUCAAUAGCAGGCUCGGAUGUCGUGGAGGAGGAGCUGAUGAAUUAAAAGAGCAUCCAUUUUUUAACGGGAUAGAUUGGCAGCAGGUCUAUUUGCAAAAAUAUACACCUCCUUUAAUACCACCUCGUGGAGAAGUGAAUGCUGCAGACGCUUUCGAUAUUGGUUCAUUCGAUGAGGAAGACACGAAAGGCAUCAAACUGACCGAUGCUGAUCAAGAUCUAUAUAAAAAUUUUCCUCUUGUUAUUUCUGAAAGGUGGCAAGCUGAAGUAGCCGAAACAGUUUUUGAGACAAUUAACAACGAAGCAGAUAAGAUGGAAAACAAGAAAAAAGCGAAACAAAAAUUGCGAUUUGAUAUUGACGACGAAAAAGGCUCUGAUUGUAUUUUACAUGGAUAUAUAAAAAAAUUAGGAGGUCCUUUUGCAAGCGCUUGGCAGACACGUUAUGCUAAGUUAUACCCAAAUCGAUUAGAGUUACAUCCAGAAUCUGCUACAAAACCUGAACUCGUAUUCCUAGAUCAGAUAGAGGAAGUUGGAGCUGACCUACAGCAUGUAAAAGGAGAACAAUGUAUUGUUGUUCGUACGAAGGAUGCCAAAAUUGUACUUACGAAUCCUGACGAGAUAAGUUUAAAAGAGUGGGCAUUGUCAUUAAGAUCAGCACACAAAUGUUCGAUGGAGAUGCUCGGUAAUAUGGCAAGAAAAGCUGGCAAGAUUUAUGGGACUGAACGUGAUGCCGUGAUUCCGGCGAUGCAGCGUUCAACGAACGGCAACUAGCCCAUUAUUAGUAUGUGUGCAUCGACAUACUCCAGUCCCACUGCCCCGCAGCAACAGCAGCAGCAACUUUUUUUAUACUAAGAAAUAAUGGCAAAGAA